UGCAAAUAUUUUGCGGGAACGUGGUGGCGCGAAAGAUUGUGUCACACACUGAGAAGAAGACGAGAAAAAUGCCGGGUAGAACAGUGCAACCUCCCCAGCUGUCCGACAGCAUCAAGAGAAAGCUUGGAGAGUUGGAUGAAGAACUCAGUGAAGGGGAUAUCACGCAGAAGGGCUACCUAAAGAAGAAACACAGAUUGUUUGAGCCAUUAUACACGGAUGACAUCCGACAAAAGGUCCAGGAGUUGGACGAGGAGUUGAAAGAUGAAAGUGUCACAGAGAAAGGAUACUUCAAGAAACUGGAGAAGCUUCUGGACAGUUUUAUGACUGCUACACCGGAAGAAGUAGGAAAACUGAAAAAUGUUGAAGAGGAACAAGAAAAUGGCAGUUCAAAUGGCACUGAAUCCUCUGCGAAUGGCAGUACAGCAAGUGCGAACGGCAGUACAGCAAGUGCGAACGGCAGUACAGCAAGUGCGAAUGGCAGUACAGCAAGUGCGAACGGAAGUACAGCAAGUGCCAAUGGCAGUACAUCAAGUGCUAACGGAAGUUCCAGCUCGGCAAGUGCUAACGGAAGUUCCAGCUCUGCAAGUGCUAACGGAAGUUCAAGCUCCACAAGUGCUAAUGGUAGCUCCACAGCACCCAAUGGCAGCUCUGCAUCCGAUUCAACUGAAAUGACAGAAGAUUCAACCGAUGAUAAGGUUGAUGGCGUUGAAGUGAUGGAGGUCGAGGCGGACGAUGCAGAGGAGCACAUCAGGAAGAAGGGAGGAGAGAGUGACAAGGAGAAUGUUAGAAAUACACCUUCACGAAAAGGCCGAUCAAAGAAAGGCAGGAAGUCUCAGGGUGACGGUCAGCCCUCGAUAACCUCCAUGUUUGGCAAAGGACAAGGGUCAAAGAGGAAGUCCACAGUGGAAGAAGAAAAGACUGAAGUGAAAUCUGAGGAAGAGACGGACCAAAAACGUAUCCGAGUCGAUGGCGAGGAACAAAUGGAGGAUGAUAGGGAGGUUGUUGAGGUGAAGGAGGAGACUAAGCCAGUGACCCCCCGGGCGGUGAUUCCCAUCAAAUGUCGGGAGUGCAAACAGCUGCUGGACGACCCUGAUCUCCGACUGUUUCCUGGGGACCCAGAUGAGGCGGUGGAGGAGUGUGUGGGGCUGUUUGACCCCAAGCUGUCCCUGUUUACUGGGGACGAGAUGGUGGCGGAGAGUGACGAGAGGCCAACUCACAAGAUCACAGACUUCAGUAUUUACGACAAGAACACCCAUCUCUGCCCUUUCGACUCCGGCCUGAUCGAGAAGAACGUCAUGCUGUACUUCAGUGGGGUGAUCAAGCCCAUCUACGACGAGAGUGUCACCCCGGAAGGUGGCGUGAGGUGCCGCAAUAUGGGCCCCAUCAACGAAUGGUGGACAACUGGUUUUGACGGUGGUGAGAACGCCCUGGUUGGGUUCAGCACGGCGUACGCGGACUACUUCCUGAUGGCCCCGAGCGAGGUUUAUGCUCCCUUCAUUGACACCAUGAAGGAGAAGGUCCACAUGUCGAAGGUCGUCAUCGAGUUCAUGCAGAACAAUCAAGAUGCCAAUUAUGAAGAUCUGUUGAACAAGAUUGAGACAACUGUUCCGCCGACUGGUCUGACCAAGUUCACGGAGGACGAGCUGCUGAGGCACGCCCAGUUCGUAGUGGAUCAGGUACAGAGUUACGAUGAGGCUGCAGACGAAGAUGAAGGCUUCCUGAUCACCACACCCUGCAUGAGAGCUCUAAUCAAGCUUGCUGGUGUCACUUUGGGGAAGAGGCGAGCGAUGCAAAAACAAAUGCGAGAGCCCAGAGUGAAGAAAGAAAAGCCCAAACACACCAUGGCAACGACCACACCGCUUGUGCGCAAAAUCUUCGACAGCAUGUUCAUGGAGCAGAUCGAGGAGAAGGGAAACAUGGAGGCACGGAAGCGGCGGUGUGGGAUCUGCGAGAUCUGCCAACAGCCGGACUGCGGGGACUGCACCGCAUGCAAGAAUAUGAUCAAGUUCGGAGGAUCUGGCCGCUCAAAGCAGGCUUGUGUGAAGAGGAGAUGCCCCAACAUGGCGGUGCGUGAAGCCGAUGAUGAUGAUGCGGAGGAUGGUGACGAUGUGAAGCAGGAAGCCAUCGAAGUUCCCCCAAGUCCAGCUAAAAGGCACAAGACUGCUUCAUCCAAAACAAAGACUCAAAUAAGAUGGAUUGGAAAUUGCAUCAAGGAGACGGCAUCCAAGAAGUUCUUUUCAGGAUUCCUGUUGAAUGGAGAAGAGGUGAGAGCUGGUGACUAUGUGUCGGUGAAGCCAGAUGACCCCACCACACCCUUGUACAUCUCCCAGGUGCAGUACAUGUGGGAGACAUCCUCGGGGGACAUGAAAUACCACGCCCACUGGUUCAUGCGGGGCAGUGAGACGAUGCUGGGGGAGGCAGCAGAACCCAGGGAGCUGUUUGUUGUAGACGAGUGUGACGAUUCUGACCUGGAUGUGAUUGUUACCAAGGUCAAGGUCGUGCACCAGGAAGCUCCAUCAGACUGGGCAAUGCUGGGGGGAGAGGAGGUCACGAACACCAUGGACGAGGACGCAUACUUCUACCAGAAGUGGUAUGACCCUAUCCUGGGUAGAUUUGAGGAUCCCCCAACCUACGAGAGAACUGAGGAGUUGUUCAAGUACUGCAGAAGCUGCAAGCGUCUCGACGAACAGCGAAAGAGAAUAUCUACAUCAGUUGGCGAUGUGAUUGAGUCAGUAGACAAGAAUGUCAACCGCCUCUACUACGAGAGUGUGAAGAAGAACGACACUGAGUACAAGAUUGGAGACUCUUGUUACAUUCUUCCUGAUGCGUUUGACUUCACCGUCAAACACGCACCUGUCAAGAAACCAAAGUCGGAAGGCAAGGUCGAUGAGGAGUUGUACCCAGAGGCCUACAGGAAGUCGUCGUACAUCAACAUCAAGGGCUCCAAUGAACAGUGCCCUGAGCCGUAUCGUAUUGGCCGCAUCACACAGAUCUUCUGCAAGAAAGCAGGUGGCAGCAAGCUGGUCAAUCUAUCCGAAAUCAAGAUCAGAGUCGCAAAGAUGUACAGACCAGAAAACACCCACAAAGGACUGCAGGCAACAUACCACUGUGACCUGAACAUGCUGUACUACACCGAGGAAGAGGAAGUUGUCGACUUCAAGCUGGUUGAGGGGAAAUGCCAGGUUGUGUAUGGAGGCAACAUCACCACUUCCCUUGACGACUACUUCGAGAGUGGACCAGAUCGAUUCUACUUUAAUGAGUCCUACAACAGUGAGAGUAAGACAUUUGAGGAGCCACCAUCAAAAGCUAAACUCAUGGGAGGCAAGGGAAAGGGGAAAGGCAAGGGAAAGGGGAAAGGAAAGGGAAAGUCUGCCGCAGAAGACUCAGAUCAAAAGGAGGCAGAAAAUGUUCAGGUCCACCGCCUCCGAACCCUUGACGUGUUUGCUGGCUGUGGAGGACUCUCUGAGGGCUUUCACCAGGCAGGUAUGGCGGAGUCACGAUGGGCCAUAGAGAAGGAGGAGCCAGCCGCUCAGGCGUUCCGCCUCAACAACCCCGGCUGUACGGUGUUCACGGAGGACUGCAACUUGCUGCUCAAGUGGGUCAUGGAGGGUGAGAAGUGUGACACUCAUGGCCAGCGGCUGCCCCAGAAGGGGGAAGUAGAGCUGCUGUGUGGGGGACCCCCAUGUCAGGGCUUCAGCGGCAUGAACAGAUUCAACUCCCGGGAAUAUUCCAAGUUCAAGAACUCCCUGAUCUCCUCAUACCUGAGCUACUGUGACUAUUAUCGUCCACGGUUCUUCCUCCUGGAGAAUGUUCGUAACUUUGUCAGCUUUAAACGCAGCAUGGUACUGAAACUAGCGCUGCGCUGUCUUGUCCGCAUGGGGUACCAGUGCACGUUCGGCGUGCUGCAGGCGGGAUGCUACGGCGUGUCACAGACCAGACGCAGAGCCAUCAUCCUGGCCGCGGCCCCCGGGGAGAAACUACCCUUCUACCCCGAGCCUCUCCACACCUUCACCCGAAGAGCCAUGCAGUUGUCCGUCGCUGUAGACGACAAAAAGUUUAACUCCAACAUCACCCGAGUAACAUCAACACCAUUCCGCACAAUCACCGUGAAGGACACCAUGUCCGACCUCCCAGAGAUCCGCAACGGAGCCAAGGCCGAGGAGAUCAGCUACAAAGGCGACCCACAAACACACUUCCAGAAAAUGAUCCGUGGCAAGCAGCACCAGCCAAUUCUGCGAGACCAUGUGUGUAAGGAGAUGAGUGCACUAGUCCACGCCCGCAUGCAGCACAUCCCCCUGGCCCCAGGGUCCGACUGGCGGGAUCUGCCCAACUUGGAAGUCAGGCUGUCAGAUGGAAACAAGACAAAGAAACUAUUGUACAGCCACAAUGAUAAGCGCAACGGCAAGGGGCCGAAGGGAAUGUUGAGGGGUGUGUGCACCUGCGCGGAAGGGAAGCAGCCGUGCGACUCAAUGGACAGGCAGUUCAACACUCUCAUCCCCUGGUGUUUGCCCCACACUGGCAACCGACACAACAACUGGUCCGGACUGUACGGCCGCCUGGAGUGGGAUGGAUUCUUCAGCACAACAGUCACCAACCCAGAGCCUAUGGGCAAACAGGGCCGAGUGCUCCACCCUGAGCAGCAUCGCGUGGUGAGCGUGCGGGAGUGUGCCAGGUCACAAGGCUUCCCCGACACAUACAGAUUCUUCGGCACAAUCCUGGACAAGCAUAGACAAGUUGGUAAUGCAGUGCCGCCUCCCAUGGCCAGGGAAAUCGGUCGUGAAAUCAAGAAAUGUCUUGUAUGGAAAACGCAGCAGGAGAAAAGCCAGAGUAAGGUGGAAGACAUCGAGAUGGAGGAGAAACCGGAAACAGCAGCAGAAGUUCCCAAAGUAGAAUCCCCUAUUAAAGCCGGGUCUUCGAGAUGCUAGUCAGAAACAAGAAGUACAUUUGACUGAACAUAUCCCACUGUGACGCAUUGGUCAGUUUAAUUUGGCACUGAUCUCUGGUGCCGUCAGGGCACAUAGCUUUGUGGAAGUGGAUGCCAGCUCGCAUGCUGAUGACGAGAAAAUCUUAUUGGCCAUGUUAAGUGCUCUGUGUGCUUGUGUAAUUGAGUUGGUACACAAUUCAAAUUAAUAAGACAAUGAUGUGACCAGGGCCCCGUUCCACAAAGCGAUCUUAGCGCAACAAUGAUCGUAAGCCUAUGUUAAAGUAUGGGACUUAGUGCUAAGAUCGCUUUGAGGAACGGGGCCCUGAACCUCGGGAGGACAAUCAAUCCUGGGCAUUAUGGGAAAGGAACAGUCAGUAACAAGCAUGACAAAUAGGAUGAACAGCAAAAUUCUGUUUCAAAUGACAGGGAUUAUCAAUAUUCUCGAAGCUGUUUUGAUGCGGAGUUGGUUCCCGUCAGCUGUUUUGGUCCACGAAUAAAGGGCUCUAAUCACAGAAACACCCUCGUGAUCAUUGGUCUGAUCAACGUCUAUGACCUGUAUCUAUAGGGCUGACACUCGACAUCAAAUACUGUCCUUAAACACAGCUUGGGAUCUGAUAUGGUAUUUAAAAAUAAUUUGUGAUAAUGAAGGCUUUGAAAGUAAUUGAGUUUAAUUGUGCAGAAUGUCUUUUCUCUUUUACAAGGAACAUUGCAUUAGCUCAUCGAGACUGAGACAUUCUAUUCAUCACGUUGUCCUCACAUGCGAGGUGUUUGCAAAAAUUUGUUUUUAUCGAACUUGACUAUAUCGUGUAAGUGUUGACUGUGUAUCAUAGCGAAAAAAGUUUGACAGCUACAGCAUUAUUCACUCGGCAUGCUCAGUUGUUAACCUACUAUGUUGGAUCUACCUCUUGUGUUACACCAUGAAUGCAUCUGUAUGUACAGCUCAUCUUAUGUCAUUUUCAUAUCUUUUUUUAUAUACAUUAGCAGUCUCUGAGGGGUGACACAUUGAUCUCAUUUGCUGCUAGUUGUAGUCCAGAGUUGCCUCCCUUAGCUUUGCCAGGAUAUGCUAGUUCAGAUCCCAUAUUUGUCAUGAUCGUGAUAAUCAGUCUGUCGGCUAAUACAUUUUCUGGGUUUCACAUAAAUGGUUAAAGUCUACGACUUACAUCACUUUAGACUUCUUCCUAAAUUUCUUAAUCCUUCAGCUGAAUUCAGUUGGUAUCAGUAUUCAAAAAGAAUCUCUUUUAUAUUGAAGCAAGGUGAAUUCCAGGGACCACACGGUAUUCGCACUACAUUUGCAUGUAUCUGACACGUGUGAUGUACUUAUGAUACUGACAGAGAUUAGUAUAUGCAGAGAAAUGUGCCCUGGAAAAAUGCAGUUGGGUUGAGGACACAAAUUUAAGUUUGCUUCAUUAUUUAGUUGCUGCUAAUUGCAACUGUUAUGCAUGACAGCAGCUUGCACCAUUUGGAUAAUAAUGGAAUGAAACUAGCUACGACAGUGAUUAAAGGCACUCUAACGGAUAGCAUGGAAUCCUUCAGAGACUGGAUUUUUACUCAUCAACAAAAUUAAAGAUCUUUUUAGUAUGUUUAAAUCAAUGAAAAAAAGUUAUUUUUAAGACAUAAAUAAAAAAGGAAAAAUAUUUCAGAUAUUUAACUUUUAGCUAUUUUAUUGUAAAUAGAACCCCUACACCAUGAUUUUUAAGUUUAGUGGCAUCAACACUCAUGGUCUUGUGUACUGUAUAAUAACAUCAAGACUUGUCUAAAGAACAAUUGUAAAUAAGCUCAAAUGUAUUUGAUGUUCAUAGUGCUCUGUUGUUCUUCAGAUUCUUCAUUUUCAAAUGAUUUUAUUUCUCGUGCAUUUAAAAUUCAUUUCUGUCAAAUUCUAUACAUAUGUAUAUUUAAAGCAUCUUGUUCAUUUACCAUGUUUAAUUUUAGUACAAAAGUGAUAUAUAUAUUUUUACAGUGUUUGAAAUGCAUUGGUUUCAUACGUCAGCAUGACAGUACCGAUAUGCAGAACAAAAAUACAUGUUUUCUAAACUUGCUGAAGACAUAUUGUUUGGUAUCAUUGGAAAGAUUUGAAUGUCUUGACAUGAAAUUAUACUUGUACAUUCUUAUCUAACUUGUUCUGUAAUAAACUACAUACUCUUAUUUCA